GUCCGCUUACAGAGAUCAGUGACGAUCAUGGGUUAAAAAUGUCUGUACUUUGAAUUUGUUAAUUACGAUCCUCGAAUAAUAUCGAUUACGGAUCUUCCAGACACUUAUGAAUUCACUAUCUGUAACUGGCCUCUUCCAAUAUUGUGUUAAUUUAGAGAUUGAAACCAAAGAAACGUCCGUUAGGAAAAGAGUAAAGUCGAAAUUUCUAUCCAAAGGUGACGACGUCGGCAAACAGACUACAGGAAUGGUUCCGAAAAUCGCCGUCGUUUCGUACGACGAAGAGGAUUUGAGCGAUCGUGAAAAUGGAGAGUCACAUCACUUGUUGAACGAAUGGACCGAAAGCAGGGAAGAUGAGUCAUUCGAAAAUAAACAUUUUGGCAAACGGAAUGGUGAUAUUUCAUCGUCAUCGCACGAACAUUUGAAUGGAGAUAUUUCUUACGAAAAUUCCGAUCAACGGAUUCCGUUGUUGCAAGAAGAAGGAAUAGAUGAAUUUAAAACCGAUAUAGUGGGGUCUAGUGAUACAAAUGUAGAGGAAGGAUCUUUCACCAUUGGACUUCAAGUCUUUUUUCCUUUUCUGAUCGCGGGAUUUGGAACUGUUUCAGCUGGAAUACUACUUGAUGUUGUUCAGGUAAGGUAUUAUUCCGUUUCUUCGACAACAAUGAUAACGAUGACUUUCUUUCACUAAUUGAGUGAAUUUGGUUAAACGGAAUAAGGUGGCUAAUUAUUUUUGAAAAGGUAAUAGGUAGAAACCUUCGAAGUCUGUGGUAACUAAUCGGUUAAAAUUACGCUACCGUUGGUUAAAAUAUUAUUUUAUCUUUUGCUGUUGAUCUGUUGAUAUAUGAUAAUGAGAUUAAAUGAAAGGAACGUGAUAUUUAAACCUAGGGUCAAAGUUAACGGCAGCGUAUCCACACAAGGGAACUCUCCUUUUUUAUAGAAUGCUACCUGCCUAGAUAACACUUCAACCCCCCAAGAGUGAGAGGCAUCUAAUUUCCCUCAACGUUAUUGCCCCUGAAUCAAACAUUGUGGUCACGAGAAUGAAGGAAGUAAUCGCAUACUCAAGAAACUCUUGAUUGUUACACAGUCUCCCUUUAAGCUCCUUGAGGAAUUUACAGAUAACAGUAUGGGGAAUAUACAUAGUGAUGUUAGGGUGUAAGGGGUUAACCAUUUAACUCCCAGAUCAAAUUUGUAAUUCUCCUUACUGUCAACCAUACAAUUCUUAUAAUGUUACUUCUGAGAAUGUAGUAGUGGAUCAACUAGUUAUCCCCAAAUUGAUAUUUUUCUUUAUUCUCAUCACUUAUCUGAUUGAUAUUGUAUUGUUCCUGUUAGGAGAAAUUCUGUCUUGGUCACACAUGGGAGUUAAAGGGUUAAUCAAUUUUAUGAAUUCUCAUCUUGCCUCUUCAGUUUAUCAGUCAGCUUUCCGAGAACAUAAGAAUUUUAUUAAUCACAAAUAAGCAUUUUUUUACUGGAUUAAUUACAAUGCAGAAUUUUUUUCUUAAGCCCUCUUUUGUUACCUUUUUUCUUUCAGCAUUGGCAAGUUUACAAAGACAUUUCAGAAAUUUUCAUUUUGGUUCCUGCUCUUCUUGGAUUAAAAGGAAAUCUGGAAAUGACAUUGGCAUCAAGGCUUUCAACUGCGGUAAGUAAAUGAAAAGAUCACAAUACAGGUUAGCAACAAUGUAAGGUUGAUUAUUAGUUCAGAGGAGUCAAAAGUGUGCUGGACUCUGGAUCAAAAGGUCUGUGAUUAAGCUUAUUCUUUCUUCAUUGAAUUUUGUGCUUAGUUGAGACAUGUAACACUUUAACUCCCAGAAGUGAUUAACAUGUAACUUCUCCCUAUAAUAUCCCUACAUUAUCCCACAAACAGGUGAUGAGAAUACUCAAACUUAUCAGGUAGAAGUUGUUAUCUUGAUUUAACACCAAAUUCUUAUAACUAAUUUGCAAGGAAAUGUAUAGUAGCUAGUGGGGAGAAUUGACAAUCAGAUCUUGGGAGUUAAAGGAUUAAUAGUUCAGAUUACUUUAUGAACCACAAUUUAUUUUUUAGGUCACAUUAAAUACAAUGUUGUUGAGUAAAUGUGUUCAAAUUUUUUUUAUUGUCAGAAUCUAAGGAAUGUUUCAAAAGUUCAUUAUUUUUUUUUGUUUCCAAGGCAAAUGUAGGAAACAUGGAUUGUGCAAAACGGCAAUGGAAAUUGAUAGGAGGAAACCUUGCAUUGAUACAGGUUUGUUUAUCUUUAAAACAACUCUUGGUACCUAGCCUUUUCUGUAAGCGACCAACUGGAUUUUUCCAUACUCUUGAUGCAAAUAUGGCAGUUGGCCCUGAUUGAGUUACGCAAUACCAAGGCAAGUAAGGCCUUGGGAUGUAUUUUGAGAGCAUGGCUCUUGAAAAGUUAUGCGAAAUUGUCCAUCUACUGUGUUCUAAUUCCCUAUGAGUUGUACCGUCAGAGGGAAGCAAAAUCUUCUACCAAAGAGGAGGUUUCAGUUUUUCAGUUUCACUGUUUGUCUCAGAGGAGAAAACAGUUGGGCAUUGCUACUUGUAAAUGCCUUCAAGAAAUGCAACAUGCAGCUUGCUUUCUGGUUGAGUUUGUUGUCAAAACAUUGCACCAUCCCUGCUUGCAAAGGCUGCUCUUGCACAGCCAAUCAGAACCCAUGUUCACUUCAGUACUUAUUUGUUAGACCUUUAAACCCUAAGAGUGACUAGUAUCUAAUUUCUCCCAACAAUAUCACUCCUGAAUCACAUAUUAAGGUCAUGAGAAUAACAGAAAUGAUCACCAACAAAAGAAGCCUUUGAUCGGUAAACAAAUUCUCCUUGUCAGCACAUUAUAAAGAACAGCACAUUAUAAAGAACAGCACAUUAUAAAGAACAGUAUGGAGAAUAUGGAUACUGAUGUUGGAGUGUAAAUGGUUUAAAAAGUGAUGUGUUUUUAUGCUUUAGGUUCAGGCCACUGUAGUAGGAGCACUGGCGGCAUUUGCUGCAGUAGUCAUGGGAUGGAUACUUGACGGAGAAUUCAACAUUCAUCAUGCCACUCUGCUCUGUGCUAGCAGUUUGGUUACAGCAACGUUAGCCAGUUUGGUUCUCGGCUCUGUGAUGGUUGCAGUUGUUCUCAGCUCCAGAAAAUUUAACAUUAAUCCUGAUAAUGUAGCAACGCCCAUCGCAGCUAGUUUGGGAGAUCUCAUCACACUUGCACUUUUGUCCGCAAUUAGUCGAUUCCUACAUAGUUGUAUUGGUAAGUUUUAGUUAAAUAGUGAUGUGAAUUCAUUCUAUCAUUAAAUACCCUUUAACUCCCAAGAUCUGUUAUUAAUUCUCCCCUCUAGCUGCUACACAUUUUGUUGUAAAUAAAUGAUGAGAAUUUGGUGUUGAAUCAAGAUAACAACUUCCACCUGAUAAGCUUGAUUAUUCUCUUUACCUGUUUGCUGGAUAAUGGGUGGAUGUUUUAGGGAGAAGUUACAUUUUAAUCACUACUGGGAGUUAAAGGCUUAAAACUUGAUACACUAUAGGUUCUGGUAAUAAUUUGUAAUUUCUAAAUAUUGACAAGAAAGCUUUCUAGAAAUGCAUUGAUGUUUAAAAGUUUGGAAAUAGCCCCUUUUAUGUUCUUGACAGUGUUUUUUUUCCAAUUUAACCUCAACCAAAAUUGCUUGCAACUUCAAAUGAAAGUGCUCUGUGAGCAAACUCGUGAAUUGACACAUGAUUUUGACACAUGAUGUUUAGUGUUAUCUGGUUUAGGGAAUUUUGUGGUUGAUUGUCAUAUCUAGAGUACGAGCAGUAGUUCAGUGUUCGCUAAUGUAGCAAAGAAACAAAGUAACGUUGGGAUAAGAAGGCAGGAUGAUGUCAUGUGUUUUAAACGUCUAUCAUUUUUGUUUCUGGUUCAAAAGAAAAGGUUGGAGGUAAAUGUGGGUGAAAAGUGAAAUUUACUGUCUUUCGUUGUAAAUAUUAGAAAAUCAAGGCAAUACUGUCUUAACGAUUCCCUCUUUAUCAAAUCAGACAAACUGGAACGAGUUUUGAGUGAUAUAACUAAGCCAAGCCUACCACCGUCAUUUUGGAUCUCCACCUGGGUAGAUUUAAGUCACGUGCUAGGCAACGUAUAAUCAAUAACAAGAUAGAAUUUCAUUUCAGGCCUAUUUAUCAAUUUUGUGAUGUGUAACUUUCGCAUUUUAGUACGUUGUAUGUAUGUUGAAUCUUCAAAUUGUCUUGAAACUUAAAAGAAAAUUGUUCUUUAAAUAUUCACGGAAAAUCGGUAGCUAAAAUUGUUUGUUUAGGUGUUAUCUGAUUUUCGUGUUAACUUGUAAUUUCGUCAGUCGCCGGCAUCUUCUGUUGCUUCACACAGGAAAAACACACGCGACGAAACGUAAUGAUCAAUUUUGUCCUCAAUCUCACGCCAUAACAGAAAAACCUUUUGAACAUCUGUAAACUUCGAGCGCUUCGCAGUAAGUAAUAUUUUCAAUGAAUCUUCGGAUUGUUUUCGAGUUCAAGGAUUGUAAAUUACAAUUUUAUGAAAAACGAAGGUUGUUCUGUUAUUUCAGUGUGAAUCCUUGCAUGCCUGCCAGUCGCUGGCGCCGCUUGUUGAAACUAAAACGAAAAAAAAACUCUUUUAAGAUUAUCAUUGGCUUCUUUUUCACCCCACCACUAUUCUUAGCAACAAAACUAUCAAAUGCACUCAAAAGCCUAAAAUCUAAAAAAAGUUUACAGGAAUCGACCAAUUGAGCGAGCGAAUGCCAUUCCCCACAUGGUAUCUAUAACUCGCUCUUGCGCAUGCGCGCAAUUCACGAGUUAAAAAGGGGUUAUUCUUUUUAAGGUAUUUUUUCUUUAAACAGAGUAGAUAUGGAAAAAGCAAAUUUCUCAUUAAACAGAAAAGAAAUAGUGAGAAGAAUUUCAUAGAUGGAAGAAUUUUGCGUGUCUGAUUUUCAAUUUGUUUUCAAGUAGACCAAAUGAUAAGCAAUAUAUUGACCCUUUUCCCCUCCCAAGAUGGCACAAGUAAUCCUCCUAAAGUACUGUUUGUCAUACAAUUCUUAUGAUGUUAGUAUGGAGAAUUUUGUUAUUAAAUCCACUUAUAUGAUAAUCCUCUUAUGGAUAUUUUUCUUUUAUUACUGGUACUUUCUCAUUACUUGUCUGUGUGAUAUUGUAUUGAAAUUGUAAGGAGAAAUUCUGUCUUGGUCACUCAUGACUCUUUAAGGAUUGAGACAAGGUUUUUUUUAGAAGUAACUGAUAUGGAUUGAGUUGAAAGCUACUAAAGAAUGGCCUUUCAUUUCUUAGAUUCUGAUUCUUUCUGCUUAAUAGUGUAUUGAUAUUGUGAGGAGAAAUUUUGUCUUGGUCACUUGUGGCGGUUUACUAGUUGAGGCAGGUUUUUUUAGUAACUUCAAGUAACUCUGAUUCAGAUUGAUUUUAAAGCUAACUAUAGAAAGGCCUUUCAUAUCUUAGAUUCUGAAGAUGGCACCCAUCAUUGGAUAGCACCUGUCAUCUGUUUGGGAUUCUUCCUCAUUCUCCCCCUGUGGGUGUACAUCACACAUCACAAUACCUUCACACAUGACGUACUCUACACUGGGUGGACCCCUGUUCUUAGCGCAAUGGUUAUUAGCAGGUAAUGUUAUCAUGGUAGUUUUUCCCAUCUUGCUGGUGAAGGGGGGAGAGAUUACUUGUGCCAAACUUUGUCUCUCUCCGCAGAAGAGCCAAUCUUCUAUAUGGUACACUUAAUGUACGGUUAUGCUCUAUCGGUCGGAAUAAAUCAUAUAAGACAGAGUAAGAAAAUUAUACAGAAUUAAUAUUUUACUUAAUCGUGUAUUUAUCUCCACGUUUUCUUCACCGAGCUGAUUUUUUUAACGACAUAAAAUUUGGGUGUUCUCUUUGUGUUUGCAGCUCUGGUGGUCUCAUUCUUGACUAUGCAGUGGAUAAGUACCAUGGAAUUGCAGUUUUCAGUCCAGUUAUGAAUGGUAGGUUUCUCGUUCAUGACUUACGGACCUUGCUGCGCCCGGUCUGUGCGUCAUGACCUCAAGUCAAAUAUUUUCCCAUCUGGCCUUUCCACUCAGUUGAUAAAUUCAUAUUAAUAUACAAUUUUCUCGGCCGAUGUGAUAACUUUUCUAUUGGUUUCACGACACUCAGUCGUAAAGCGCUCUAUUUUGCAUAGAAAUCAUAAUAAGUUAUACUAUAUUUCUAAGGAUUGGGUGAAACUUAUGUAUUCGAACGCUUUCAGUCAACAUGUUCAGGUGACUUGAACAGUCGAAUCAAGAGAAGUUCAUUGCAACCCUAGUCACGUAAAACCUUGUUAAUAAUGUACAUGAAAAAAAUUACGCGCUUCUGAUUGGCUGAAACGAGAGCAAAUUACAAAUAGCGUGCGCAUACUUCUAAAAUUUUGUCGGUUUUGACUUUCUGUGAUGUCAUUUCAUGUUCGUUAUUAACAAGCAAUAAUAUGAUUUCUCUUUCAUCUUAUUUGAUGUAAUAUUCACUUGUAAAUUUUUAAAGACUACAAAUUGCACUUGGCGUACGGGCAAGUGAAAAAUUGCACUCUGUACUUCUGAAAUAGAGUGUGUUUUGAAAAGUUUAAACGAGAGUGCGCAUCGUUUUUUAAGGUGUUGGAGGCAAUUUGGUCGCUGUUCAAGCAAGCCGGCUUUCAACUGGUCUGCACCAACUUGGCAAACCUGGUGAGGUACAAGAAUCAAGUAAAUUUCGUGGCUGCAUUGAUACGUUUUUUGGAUCAGGUAUGCCUAUAUCCUGCAUUAGCGUCUUACACCAUAACAUCAGUCGGCAUCUUCUCCAUACUGUUCUCUUCACGUUACUUAGGAUGCUGACAAGGAGAAGUUGUUAAACAAUCAAGACUUUCUUUAGUUGAUGAUCAUUUCCUUUAUUCUCAAGACCUUAAUGUGUGAUUCAGGGGUGAUAUUGUAAGGAGAAAUUGUAUGCCAGUCACUCACAGGGAGAAAGAGGGUCCCCUAUACUUUUUACAUGAAAUGUGAUUGAGCGAUUAAUUUUUCCUCGUGAAUCGUGGUUAAAGAUGAUAAGAUCCUUUUAUGUUUGCAUGAAUGAAUUUUUUUUAAAAUUUAAACUUGACCUGUGAUUUAUGAACUGAGUUAAACGUGAUUCCUGAACCAUUUCGUUUUGCGUGGGGUAUGGGGGACCGUCAUGUAUCAGUUCCCCUAGUGUCCUUGUCAGAUUACAUGGAUGUACGAAAGCGUUUUUUUUCCUUUUUGUUGUGUGAGACUUAGGAAUAGAGUCUUUUUAUUGGCUCCUUGGAGAACUAUGGAUAGUCUAUCAGAUAAAAAUUUUCACCAAUUUUUUCCCCAUCCUAGGAGUGCACGCUCGGACCACUCGUGUGUUGCUAUUCAUGGUUAUUCCUGGAAAUCUGAUAUUUUUGUACACAAUCCGUGUACUACAGGCGGGACAUACAACUCUAACGCUAAUGUUCACUUCUGGAUAUCUACUGGCUGGUCUGAUACAGGUAUUUGUUAACUAAGAGCUCAGGAGUUAUCCUUCUUGUCUCGAGCAUAGAUAUCUGUAUGAGUCGCCAUGAGAAUUGAUUCGAAGCUCAAAUUUUUUACCGCUAAGCAAUAGCGAAUCCUAUGGCAAGCCAGGUUCAUAUAUGACGAGCGUCUCGCUUACAGCUUUGAUCGACGUACUUAUGAAAGCCUUUUCUAGGCGUUCAGUUAAGCCUGGUUUUUACUAGCCCCCCCCCCCCCUCUUUUUUUUUUGCUCCGUUACUGCUUUCGCGCCCUUAGCCUCUUUCAGAAACGGAGCGAAAUAAGCGAAAUAAUAAAUGGCACGAUGCAGCGGCAGAACGACAAUGAGGAGGUUUGGGUCGGGAAAGCGACCCGACCCAAACUUCCCCCGUUUUUUUAACUCCUCCGCUUGUAUUACGCUGUUUACCAUCGCCCAUCGUUUCACUAACUGAACGCUUGCAACGAGCUAUCACGCCCUUAACUUUUGCGCUCCAUUUUAACUGAACGGCUGAAACAGGCCAUGCGCGUAAGAACAUGAAUAAGAUAUUUCUCUGUUUCUAAACCGAGCCCAAAAUUUGCAGUAUUCCUAAUACUAUCUUACUUACGCGUCCAUAGCUCUUGACAUUGCUGACCUUAGCAAUAUGUAACAAACGAGCCUAAUUAUUAAACCCAGACUCCAGGAAACCUCUCCCCGACUCAUCUCAAACCUUCCGCGGGCGGAGAAACGCGCGUCUUGCAGCACUAUUAAUGAGGGCCUGGUCGUAGGCUAAGCAGUAUACAGGAUGCGUGUCACAAAUGAAUCAAAUAUAUUAUAAUGUACUUCCACUAAGCUUGUACCCGCGAAAUCCAAAUUGCUAACGGGCUCUAAUCAUCAUGGAAACUCAGAUUUCCCCAUUGCCCUACUCCCCCCUCCCGCGAGUCACGAAUGUUUUUAGGAAAUCCUUCUUUUCCUGUGCACUGUUUUCCAAGGACAUUCUCCAACUUCGUUUCGCAGGUCGCCAUUCUUCUCCUCACAGCCGAUUGGUUGGUUCACUGGAUGUGGAAACAAGGCAAAGAUCCCGACAACUACAGUAUCCCUUACUUAACUGCGCUGGGUGACUUACUCGGCACCGGGCUCCUGGCCGUGUCGUUCCAUCUUUUGUGGCUCGUAGGGGACCGCGACGCUGACGUGGGAGAUUAGCGGGAACAUUCCGUAAAUUAAUAUAUGUCAUAUACGCUAAAUCAAUUAUCAUAUUUAAGGAGAAGGAUAUAGAUUCCCCAGGAACCAUGUAACUUUUAUCGUCGCCGUUACAAAGUACAUACGAAUUUAUGAAUCUCAAAGCUUUGCGAGAUUCUAAAGGAUAAUCUAACCUUUCUAAAAUUGUCCUGGAAUUUGAUAGAGAUAUCACAUGAAAGCCGCCAUUUUGAAUGUUGCUCAGCAGCCUGACCGCUGACUUGUUUUUCUGUUUGAACCAUCAAAAGCUACACAAAAAUACGUUAGUGACCAAAUAGUCUUAUUUUUGCGAUAACCUAAAAAAAUGGCUGCAUUUACAAUCGAUUUUGAAGCACUUUUGAAGAAGAUUUUCGAACGGUUAGGUUAUGCUUUACAAUCACGAAACGCGGAGACGUAAAUUAUCCGGUGUCUGGAGCAUACAUCUCCGCUAAAAUACAUUUUUUCAUAUGUUUUUGUGUUGAUACAUUGUGCGUUCAUUGACAAAUUUUCGGCGUUACGCCCAAAGAUAAAUUAAGCAAACAAAAGUUUUUUCACUUCACCGAAAUGUUGUAUUUAACUGAAAUAAAGUUAUAAAUUUCCACCCAUCAUUUCAAAGAAUGAAAUUACAAAUUUAAAUGAAAAUUGAUAUCUAUUAAGAGUGCUUUUUAUAAGAUUCUUUACAAUGAGAGGUAUUUCUGAAAUCUGAGUAUUAUCUUUCCAAUAAAGAUGCCACUCGGUAAAUAAAACGAAUAUAUUUUGUAGUUUAAUAGCAGUUUAUUAUAUCCGCAAGUACCAUAAGUUUGAAACCUUUACCUGUCCUCCAACUGUUAACUGCUG